GAUCUAUAAGAGAAUGAGAUUCACACAGACCAAUAACAGUCUUGGAAAUAUGUCACAGUAUACAGAAUAACAUAAUAAUAAUAAUAAUAAUAAUAAUAAUAAUAAUAAUAAUAAUAAUAAUAAUAAUAAUAAUGAUUCAAAUCAGCAUUGUAUUUGUAUGACAUGUUGGAUGGGACUUAUACUCAUCAAUAAAACAUUUAAAUUCCUGUUUAUAUUAUUUUGUAUAUAUCAUUAAAACUGCUAAUUUCUUUGGACCUUAAAAGUGUGUCCAGGCUUCUUAUACUUAUAUAUUAUAUCUAUAUAUUGAUGUAACACAUAAGGCAUGUAAAACAUUUUUACACUGUGUAGAAAAAAAGGUGUAAUUACCUCAUAUUAAUUACCUUUCACAUCAUUACUUUACACAAGCUUGUGUGAGUGUUGGUCUGACCUGAAGUGAGCUGGUGACCUUGAUUAUGUUUCGCUUGGUAGUGAGAAACUUGCUUUGCUGUGUGUGUGGGGCGAUAGAUGAUCAUACUGUUGAAUCUUUGUGCUCGGUGCCGUCUGAUACUCCUCCCUCGCUCUCGCGUUCACUCAGCAAAGUGCGAUUGCGUCUGUGUAUGGAAUAACUUCCACCACACAGUGGAGCGAAGCCUGGCAUGGUGGAACAAACUAUAAAUAAACCCAUUUCCUGUGCAGUUAAAAGCAGACUGACAUGGAUGAAGGAAGCAUCAGGAAGAGGAAGGAGUCUCACAACGGCUCCACCGGCCGCAGCGUGAACGGUCGGACUAAAGACAAGCGACCUGAGAAGGCGACGGUGCUUCAAAAAGAUGUUGGUCUGUUUAGUGGCGUCUGUCUGAUUGUGGGAACCAUGAUUGGUUCAGGCAUUUUCAUAUCUCCGAAGGCUGUUCUGCUGUACUCUGGAGCUGUGGGACCCUGCCUCAGCAUCUGGGCUACCUGUGGUGUGUUGUCCACUAUCGGAGCACUGUGCUAUGUUGAGCUUGGCACCAUGAUCACCAAGUCAGGAGGGGAGUAUCCCUAUUUAAUGGAGGCCUUUGGUUCUGUCGUGGCCUAUCUUUACACCUGGACCUCUGUCAUGGUACUGAAGCCUUCCUCCUUCGCCAUCAUCACACUGAGCUUUGCAGAAUAUGCCUCUGCUCCUUUCUACUCCGGCUGCACUCCUCCCCUUGUUGUUACCAAGUGUCUGUCAGCAGCAGCUAUAUUUUUGAUCAGUAUCGUCAAUUGCUUGAGCGUCAAACUGGCAAACUACGUGCAGAACUUCUUCACUGCGGCCAAACUUUUCAUCAUUUUUGUCCUAGUAGGAGCUGGCAUCUUCAUGUUGGCACAAGGAAAAACUGAGACUCUGUCAAAUGCAUUUGAUGGCCCAUCGCCAUCUGUUGGAGCAGUCGGACUUGCGUUUUAUAAUGGGCUCUGGGCGUAUGAUGGAUGGAAUCAACUGAAUUUCAUCACAGAAGAGCUGAAAGACCCAUACAGGAACCUGCCACUGGCGAUUAUGAUUGGGAUCCCUCUGGUGACUGUGUGCUAUGUGAUGGUCAACGUCGCCUACUUCACUGUUCUGACUCCCACUGAACUGCUGCUGUCUCCAGCCGUAGCUGUGACCUUUGGAGACAGAGUCCUCUAUCCUAUGUCAUGGAUCGUUCCUCUCUUUGUUGUCUUUUCCACAUUCGGCUCUGCCAACGGAAGCUGCUUCACCGCCGGCAGACUGGCGUAUGUGGCUGGUAGAGAGGGACACAUGGUGAAAAUCUUGUCCUAUGUUAGUGUGAGGCGCUGCACUCCAGCCCCUGCUCUCAUAUUCAACGGUUUUUUGGGCAUUUUCUACAUUAUCCCAGCAGACAUCAACACCCUCAUUAACUACUUCAGCUUUGCCCAGUGGGCAUUUUACGGUAUGGCGGCACUUGCUCUCAUAGUCAUGCGCUUCACCCGGAAGGAGAUGCAUAGACCAGUAAAGGUACCGAUUGUCAUACCAGGUCUGAUGCUGGUAGUGUCCUGCUACUUAGUCCUGGCUCCCAUUAUUGAAGAGCCACAGAUAGAGCACCUCUACUGUACCAUCUUCAUCUUCAGUGGGCUACUCUUCUACUAUCCUUUUAUCUACCGGAAGGUUGACUGGGCACGCAGACUCAUGAGACCCAUCACGAUGCAUCUCCAGCUGCUGAUGGAAGUGGUUCCUUCUGAGCAAGCUGAGUGGGAGGGGACAGAGGCGACUGAAAACAGCAGACCGUGAAUGUGCCGCUCAGAGCAGCUCUAAGCUAAACAUCAGAGCUCACCUCUGUUGAAUAGCUGCACGAUAACGGUAAACGGGGAGUGCACUGUGUUCAUGAUCCUGUGCACAAGGGUGAGAUUAAACUGUUUGUCAUUUGGGUUCAUUGAUGAAAAAAGAGGAUUUGUGUUUCUGAAAUGUGUCCUGUAGUUGCAGUAUGUUACGGAAGAGCUGGACUGACCAUAUUGUCAUGAUGUCUCUCCCCUCACGGAAAAUAAAUCACUCACACAAACAUACCUUUAGUUAUUGUUCCCCUACAAUUGAAAAAGAUGUUAGUCAGUAGUUUACUACACAACCUUUUUAUAAAAUGAAAAAAAUGAAAUAAAAAAUGUAAGCUAUCUUCAUGUA